AUGGAAGAGCCCAAGUUACCCACUGAAGAGGAGCAACGUCAACGUGAAUAUCAAGCUGAAGCAUCCAGACGCUUAUUUGCGUUGCUGGAACAAUCAGCAGGCUCCAAAACACAUGUCAAUGCCAUCACUAUCCUCGGCACUAAACAAACCAGGCCCGGCUUCUUAGAAAAGGCAACCAAAGAUGUAUUAGAAGCAAGCACCUACGCAGAUGUUAUCAACAGCGCUCAACAGGUUGCUGAAAAGCUACAACGAUUCGAUAUCUUUGAUGGCGUGCAGGUUUUGUUAGACAAUGCUACUGACAGUGAUCCUCUUGCCGCACCCGAGUCAAUCAAUGUUGUCUAUCAAGUCAAGGAAAAGAGCCGUGUCUUUAUCAAGACAGGCACCGAGAUUGGCAAUAACGAAGGCAAUAUGAAUGGAUCCAUCACUGUGCGCAAUGUCUUUGGUGGUGCUGAAUUGCUGGAGACCGUAGCAUCAUUUGGUACAAGAAACAGCUCAGCAUUUCAGUUCUCUCUGUCCAAACCUGUGAAUGCAUCUCCCGACUCUAGACUGGACAUCAACGCACACCGAGUACUUUGCAACAACACAUUGGCCUCAUCCUACGAAGAAUUGGCCCGAGGCGCAGGAUUGCGUUACAAGACAGUUUCGAAAUUCGGCUAUCAUGAACUGAGUUAUGAUAUGACAUGGCGCACCAUCGAUAGAGUGUCUCCCAACGCCUCGCUCAGCAUCCGUCAACAAGUAGGCGAUUCCCUCAAAUCCUCCAUCAACCAUGUCUUUGUACGUGAGCGUCGUGAUGAUAUCUUAUUACCCUCAAACGGUCAUUAUGUUCGCAUUGCACAAGAGUUGUCUGGUUUAUUUGGUGUAGGUAAUGCUCACUUUUUUAAGACCGAGCUCGAGUCUCAGUACUGCAAGCAGUUUGGAGGAGGACACAUCAUUUUGGAUAAGGAAAACAAGGAGUUUUUGGGCGUGCAUCCUGGCCUUGUCAUCAGCACCACCUUCAGAGCUGGUUGUUUGGCAGACCUGAGUGAGAUUGACAAGGCGUCCACUGUAUCUGAUCGUUUCUUGCUGGGUGGUCCACUUUCUGUUCGUGGCUUUAGAAACGCAGGCAUUGGCCCUAGAGACUACAAGGAUGCUUUGGGCGGCAAUAUGUAUUGGGCUGCAGGUGUCAGUGCCAUUGCUCCUCUGCCUAAAUUAGAGACCAAGGCUUUGAGAGCACACGCCUUUGUGAAUGCAGGAACCAAUAUUCCAUGGAAAUCAGGCACCUCACUGCAAGAUACAAAGCAAGCUUUGACACAAUCACCUAGCAUCUCGGCUGGUCUUGGUUUGAUCUACCGUCAUAGCAUUGCUCGUAUCGAGUUGAAUUAUUGUGUUCCCUUGACAGCUGCCAGAGGUGACCAAAUCAAGAGAGGACUGCAACUGGGUAUUGGGUUGAACUUUUUGUAA